AUGAGCUUCGGGUCAGAAUUAAAAGAUCAAUUUUCGACGGUUAACCAAUUCGUUUCCGGCGGAAUUCAAUUUUUAAAUGAAGUUCGCGAAUUCAUAAAAGAACGAGCUCAGAUAGAAAAAGAAUAUGCAGGUAAAAUCGAAGCACUCGCCAGGAAAUAUUUAUUAAAGAAAGAGAAGAAGGAGGUCUCCAUGUCUGUUGGAAGUGCAAAUUCUUUGAGCGAGAGGGACUUUAACAAUGCUAAAUCCGAACCCAGUACAUUUGUGAAAGCAUGGACGACCCUCCUUGAAGAAACUGAAAACAUAGCCAGAGAAAGGUCCAAAUUUUCAGAGUCACUAUCAACAAAUUUAACUGAACAAAUCAAAGCAGUCGCUACUAAAAAGGAGGAGAUAAGAAAGAAGCACGCGUCAUUUCACCAACAGUUGACCUCCGAUAGGGAUAAAGCGAAAUCUCGUUACGACGAGGCUUGCGUGGAAACUCAAGCUUCCCAACAAAAACAAGAAAGGGCGCCCGAUGAAAGAUUAUUGGAAAAGUUGCGCAAACAAGCUUCAGAGAAUGCGAUAGACAUGAAUAAUAAUAAGAACUCAUAUAUUCUGUCAAUACGAAUAGCUAAUAAGCACAAAUCAAAAUAUCAGAAUGCGGAUGUACCGGCGCUCCUCGACCAAUUACAAGAACUCAACGAAAGUAAGACCACUGCUUUAAAGCGAAUAUGGAACGAAUAUGUUGAUCUUGAUCAGUCUAUGCUAAAUGACUCUAAACUGCAUCUCGAGAUGAUGAGUGAAGCCAUUCGGAACAUCGAUGUUCGCAUUGAUUCACGAAUAUUCUUAACAUAUAACAAAAAAAAGUGGAAUGAGGCACCUGAUUUCAAAUUCGAGUCUUCGUUGGCAUUUAAAGAAGAUGACGAAAUGGUUGAUAGUGGAAAUACACGAGUUUUUCUCAGCAACAAACUUUUAAAAUCAAAACAAAAACUGCCAGAAUUAAUCUCGGAAAUUGAAUUAAAGAGGAAGGAGAUUGAUGGAUUGGAAUCUCUAAAGUAUGCUUAUGAAAACAAUCCUAAGCACGGAGAUCCUGACGAUGUCACCGAUAAACUGCACGAGGCGAUUCGUAAAUUCACUAUCCUGGAAAAUACGCUAACUACAUACCAGACCGAAGUGGAUAACAUUGUAGAAUUCAUUGGAGAAUGCGGCUAUAACUGCCACGUUAAAUGUGAAAUGAAAGUUCCUCCAAAUUGUACAAAAAUGAGGGGUUCCAUUAAACGUGGCACCAUGUACGACGCUGCUGGUGAAAUAUCACCUAGGGGAACGCGAUUCGGAAAUAAUAACCAUAGAAGUGGCAGGUCAUCGUCACCAGUUCAUUCAUCAUCUACGAAUGAUCAAGAAGUGGUUGAUGAAACAUGGUCGGCGACGGUGCUGUAUGAUCAUGUUGCUGAUAGUUCUUCCGAAUUAAGUGUUUCUUCCGGUGAUAUUAUUACAGUUAUAGAACAAGAUGGUAAUGCCAUAAGUCAUAACCAAUACGACGGGUCUGGAUGGGUCAUGGCGACAUAUAAUGGGAGAUCUGGAUUAGUCCCCGCAACUUAUAUCGAAUAUAUUUCAAGCGGUGAUUAUGUUCGGGUGUUAUAUGAUUACGAUGCCCAAUCACCCGAGGAACUCACAAUAAAGGAAGGUGACGUGAUAGAAGUCACAGAUCGGGAUGUUGGCAAUGGAUGGUGGGAGGGGACCUUAAAUGGAGUGCGAGGUCAAUUUCCGGCUAGUUAUGUAACUCCUGCGGAGUGA